GCCUGCACCGAAGACAAGGCGAAUAUGAAGAAGCUGAUGGACCACAUUGCUCUCUUUGAACGCAGGAUAUCGCGCCGCAUACGAUGCCUACGAAGAGGAACUCGACGGCAGCAGCAAUCUGGAUGUCGAGUAGCGCGGCGUCAGCCGCCGACUCGCAUACUGCAGCAACAACUUCUUUCAACGUUGCAACAGCGCUUGUCAAGAACGGACGUUGGGUUGAAAGCUGUGAAGCGCCAGCUCGACCAAGUGCUGGUGAAGCACCACCGCUGCAUGGCGGAAACCCCCGCUGCAUCGGAGAAGGCAUUGUGCAUGGAAUCGGCCUCGGAUCCUUGUGCCGAAGCAUCUUCGACGCCGACUCUCGCAGGGAGAGCCAAGACGGUGUCGGCCGAAUCCCCACAUCUCAGCGAAAGAGUCUGUGAGAUUGAAAAAGAGUGCCGUGAGCAUAGUUCGGAGCUUGAGUUGUGUUGGGCAGCCAUCAAUCAACUGUGCAUUGAUAAUGAGUUGUUUCGUAAUGAGCUUCUUCAACAACAACAACAACAGCAUCAUCAUCAAGGUUCCAACACAUUGUCAUUAGCUUGAAAUCAAUUUUUGUUAACAUUGCAAAACAACACUUUAAAAAGAGAAUUAAAUACAUUGAUCGAUCUUUGAACCAGAAUUUAAUUUUCAAUAAUACAUUCAAUUUUACAGAACAUUGUACAGCAAUGUGCACUGUUGGGACUGUUCCUUGUCUAUACUGCUCCAUAAGUUAUUAAGAAAUUGAAAAAUGAACCAUAUGCAAGUUAUAAGUAAAAUGUUUUAUUUCUAUUAAAAUCUAAUGAUGAUUUUUUUUCAAA